GCCCAAUCUGAGCUCGAUUUGAGUCGUUCAAAGAUGAAAGAAUGUGACGCUGAGAUCAGUGCCAUUGUCAAGGAGCAAUAAAAGCUUAAACAUAAAAUUAGUGAUGCAAAUCUUGAGAGGAAAAAAUUGGAAAAUGAGCCUUGAGAAGAGGGUCAACAAAAAAGUUAUGGCAAUGUUUGAGAAAGCUGAAGAUGAAUACAAUGACUUAUUAUCCAAGAAAAACAUCAUUGAGAAUGAUAAGCCAAAAAUCAAGAAGGUGAUUGAAGAGCUUGACGAAAAGAAGAAGGAAACACUAAAAGUUACUUGGGUUAAAGUGAACAAGCUGACAAACUAAAGAAGUUAGUGAAGGAUGAAAUUCAUUUUCUCAAGGGAAGGGUUUUAGAACUUGAAAGUGAUUUUGUGUCGAAGUCCACAGAGGUUACAUCUGCAGUUUUAAGGAAAGAAGAAGCUCUAUCUUCUGUAUUUGCUGAAAUUGACCGUCUGAAGGAAGAAAAUUCUGUUAAAAUGUGAGCAUUAUUGAAUGCAUAUUGAUGGUGUUAACUAUGUUGGAGUGUAUUU